AUGAAACUUUCACUUUCCUCCGCAGAAACAAUCAGCACCGAUAAAAAUCUACCCUGCUAUUCGGGCAAAGAGGAAAGGACCCAUAAUGGAAAGGUGAAAUGGUUGCACCGAGCGUGGAAGAACGAGCAUUUGAGCAUCGAUGUGAUAGUAUCGGAAUACAGACGUGACCAGAUGACUUCUACAGUAAGUGGCCGCUUUCACCGCGGAAACUUCCAUGCCGAACCUGGUGACAUGAAACCCGGGGUCCUGAUUCCGUUGUUGAGCAAGGCUGAAGCUGAGUUAAUAGUAGACUAUAGAAACUGGAUCGAUCUAUCGCGACAAGUAGCAAACAAAAGGGCCACACGCAGAUCAAUGGACUACAGCAAUGAGUAUGGCAUGCACGGAUGGACUCCCAGGCCCGGUGCAGUGUUGCAGGCUGCCUGGCUAAGAAUGGGGUCAGACACAGACAACAGUGUGCAGUUUCUCCACCUCGCAAGACAGUUGGAUGGAACACAUCUCGGACACCCGCGCCACGUUGGGCCUGACAUCCUCCACUUGGAGGUGUCGGAAGCCAUUUUCACCGGGAAUCGCCUCCUUUGGCUUCGAGGUUCAAACAGUAACUUCAUGUGGACGAUAUUGUGCAUGCAAUUGAAGUGGCGAAGGGAACUGAAUGCGUUUCAAAGUUGCUAA